AUGCCCCUCGUUGUCCACCACCUUCAGCGCUCCCAGUCGGACCGUAUCGUCUGGCUGUGCGAGGAGCUCGGCCUGCCCUAUGAGCUCAAGAUCUACCAGCGCGAUCGCAAGACUCUUAUGGCGCCGCCAGAGCUGAAAGCCCUCCACCCGGCCGAAACGGCGCCCAUCUUUCAAGAUGGCGACCUGACGCUGUCCGAGUCCAGCGCCAUCAUGGAAUACAUCAUGACCAAGCACGGCAACGGCCGCUUCAAGCUGCCCCCGAGCUCCCCCAAUUACGCCGACUACGUCUACUGGUUCGGUUGGUCCGUCGGCACGCUGCAGUCCACCAUCCAGACGCCAAUGAUCCUCCAAAUGGCCGGCGUCACCGAGAGCUCCAACCCAGUCGUCCAGAGCAUGCAAAACCGCGUCGAUAGGACGCUGAAGGCCAUGGACACCCGGCUAAGAGCGACGCCGUAUCUGGCGGGUGACGAGUUCACCGCCGCCGACAUCUACGCUGCAUUUACCGUCUCGACCAUGCGCUUGUUCGUCCCCUUCCCUCUGACCGGCUACGAUGGCAUCCUGCAGUGGCUCCAGCGCCUGGCCGAACGGCCGGCGUACAAGGCCAUGAUCGAGAAGGGUGAGAAGGGCGAGGAUCGCGGAGUGGUGCCGACCAUCAUGCCCGAGGCGCCGACGGCUAUGUGGACGUACCUGGAGAAAUAG